UGUUGCCCGCCUUUACGAUGGCGACGCGGGCUUCCUUCAGUGCUGACUUAGUGCGCAUGCUCACAGGAAUUGUAGGAAGCUUACACUGGCCGGUCCGCCUGGGUGCUCUACUUUGAUGCUGUGACGUAGAAGGCGUAUCGUCGGCUCCCGGACAGUGUUGAAAAUAAACAAUCAGAAGCGCGGUUGGCGGAUUUUGAAGCGCUGAGCUUAAUUAAUCGAUUUCUUGUUGACCCCCACUAAGCCGUUUGUUUUCUAAAAAGAGAUUUUGUUAAGGUGGACUGAUCACUUUUUGGAAUUCUCCGGUCCAACCUUCCGACUUGUAACAAAGAAGGGGUGCGAUGGAGACUCCAUUCACCCUUCGGGUUAGCUUCUCGUCGGACCAGGGAGGAAGGAAGUAUAUGGAAGAUGUAACUCAGAUACUAGUGGAACCGGAGCCGGGGGAGGACGAUCAACCUUGGUCAGAGGAAGAGGAAGGAGCGGGGACACCGGGUAGAAACUGCAGGAGGGAGCGUUCGAGUAGUCCUACUGGGGGCAGGCAGACUGUUGCCUUCUUUGCUGUUUAUGAUGGGCAUGGGGGUCGGGAAGCAGCUCACUUUGCUCGGGACCACCUUUGGGGUUAUAUCACUAAACAAAAAGGCUUCAUGUCCCGAGAUCCAGAGGAAGUGUGCGCCGCCAUCCGCAAGGGAUUCGUGGCUUGUCACCAUGCAAUGUGGAAAAAGCUCCCUGAAUGGCCUAAGACCAUGACAGGUCUCCCGAGUACAUCAGGAACCACAGCCAGCGUAGUUAUUAUCAGAGGAAAUAAGAUGUAUGUGGCCCAUGUGGGAGACUCGGGUGUUGUCUUUGGACUACAGAAUGGCUCAAGAGACUCUCUGAAGGCUGUAGAAGUAACCCAGGACCACAAACCUGAACUUCCUCGGGAGAGAGAGAGAAUUGAAGGCCUUGGUGGCAGUGUUAUAAACAAAUCUGGUGUGAACAGAGUGGUUUGGAAAAGGCCUCGUUUGACACACAAUGGUCCUGUAAGAAGAAGCACAGUGUUUGACCAGAUUCCAUUCUUGGCUGUGGCUCGUGCUCUUGGUGACCUGUGGAGUUACGAUUUCUACAGUGGUGAGUUUGUGGUGUCGCCUGAACCAGACACAAGUGUGCACACUAUUGACCCCCAAAAGCACAAGUUCAUCAUUAUAGGCAGCGAUGGUCUCUGGAACAUGGUGUCUGCACAGGAUGCCAUAUCUAUGUGUCAGGAGCAGGAGAAAGCCUCUCCACAUGGAGAUCCUGGACAGACAUGCGCAAAGAUGCUUGUGAGUCGAGCACUGACCCAGUGGCGUCAACGCAUGCUACGAGCUGAUAAUACCAGUGCUGUUGUGAUCUGCAUCUCUCCCCUGACAGAAAAGCCAAGGAGUUGUGUGAGUGAGGAGCUGUUCCUAAACCUGACUGAGAAUCCCCGCUAUAAUAGUCAGGACAUGUGUCACUUGUCUUCCACACCAUGCUCCACUCCUCCUAUCAAUUUCUUAGAUGAAGAUCCUUGGUGGAAGCUGACCUUCUCUGAACCCCUUCCAACUCUAGUACGCAGGAGUGCUUUCUCCUCUAACUAUGCAAAAUGGAGCAGUGAAGCAGGAAAAUCUAAAGCUGGUAAUUCCUCCCCAACCUGUGGGGAUGCGGAAAUAUCUGAUUCUAUCUGUCUUUUCCCUGGCAGUUCUUCAACUGCGAGCUCUGAUGGCAAAACUGCAAAAGUCCAAAAUAGCAGUCAGACCAGGAAAACAGAAACUGAAAGGUUGGCCUCCUUAAAACGGACGCUGGAGGAAUCCAACAGUGGACCAGCAGUGAAGAAACUCAAGAGGAACUUUCCUAGGAAUAGCAUGGUGCAGACAGAGGCCCCAUCCACCACGCCGAAACGCAGAAGUUCGGACAGAACGACAAUGAGGCGCAGCCUUAGAGGGCAGAAGAAACUUGGACAUCCUUUGUUACAGCAGCACCGAAAAACAAUAUGUGUCUGUUAAGAUGCUCAUAUUGAUUUCUACUCUGGUUUCCUAAUUGACUGUUGCGGACCUCAUACCUUUAAGCUCAGUAGCUUAAUGUAUCUUUUUAAAGGAAUAAUGCUUCCUCUGUGUGUUUUUUUUUUUUCUUUCUCUUUCUUCAGAGUCUUUCCUGUUUAAGUAUGCAGCCAGUCAGCAGUGCUGAGUUACUCUACACUUCCAGUAUUUGGUUAAUGUAUAUUUACAGCCAGCCACUUAGGUGUCUCUCUCUUUUUUUGUUGCUGGAGCAUACUUUUUAUAUUUAAUUUUUUUUAACCAAACUUGAUAAAGUAAGGACCACCAGACUUCCUGAUAUGACAUGUAUACAGCGACAGUAUCAAAAAAUGUUUCAUUAUUCAUAUUUUGAUGUGGUUUUGUAUACAUUUAAUUUACUUAACCAAGUAAGCACCCUUAAAUGUAUUUAUUUAAAGCCUUUUAUAAAAAUGAGAAAGUGUUUUUAUGUGCAGUGAUAGUUACUGUUUUUUAACUGAUGAAGUGAGAGAGUGAGAGGAAGCCCCCGUCAUCCUGCACAAAUACACCCAAUUGUCCCCUGUGUACUUAAACUUAGUGGUAACUGGGACAUAGAAGAGAUUCUAUAAGUAAGGAAAACCUGAUUUAUUAUCUUGUUGUCCCAUCUUACCACUUGAUCACGAAGAAAAUUUCUAUAUAGAUACAUUUUUAGGUAUUUAACAGGUUAAAUUUCCUGAUAUACCAUUUUGUUAAGAUUUCUAUGAGAGAAUGGAGAAAAAAAGUGGAUUUUGUUUUUCUCUCGGUGACAGUAAAGUAAAUUGGCAUAGAUUAUUGUGGCAAAAAUUAAUAAUAAUGGAGGGCACUCUGGGCUCAUAAACAAUUCUACCAUUAAAAAAUUAAUUUAGGUGCUAAGGUCAUACAUCCCUUCCAAUAAAACCUUAUAUAUGCAAAGAUAAACCAUAUAAAGACCUUGCACACUAAAGAAAGCCAUACAAAGGUGGUAUUGCAAAUGAAAAAAUAUUUAUAUAGUACUUUUGUAUAAAAACAAUAAAUCAUUGAUAGGAUAUACAUGUACAUACCACCCAGCAACAAUCCGCAAAAGCAGACUCUGGAUGAGAGCAUUACCCCAAUGUUUAAUUCUCAUCCAGAGUAUCUGUCUUCCUGUUUUUGUACAAAAAUCCGAUAUAAAGAUUUUUUUUUCAAUUACAAUACCAGCUUUGUAUGGCUUUCUUUAGUGUGCAAGGUCUUUAUAUGGUUUAUCUUUGUAUAUAGAUUGUUGUGGGCACAUAACCGCUUGUGUGUAUGUUUAAAUGCAAGUAUGGUGAUGUAUUAUCUGAAAUCCUGGGACUUAGAGUUUGGGUUGCUGUAUAGCUGUACCCUUAUACAAAUGCUAUCUGAGAAUUAAAGGUUUAUGCACACAGUAAACUCUGAUACUUUAUAGUCUGUAAAAUGGAAAAUUGGUUUAAUAAAAGCCAACCUUUAAAUAGGUAAUAUUUUCAGUAGAUAACCUUUGGUGUAUGACAACCUAAAUAAAGGAUUGAUUUUUAAAUUACCAAUGGAAGAGAACAUUCAGACAUUAAUUUUAAAUACACAGCCUGAAUUUACUGCAAUGUGAAAAGGAGAAUUGCUGCUUAAUGGAUAUAUAUUAUCAUUGUAGAAAGCCGUUUUACAUUUAGCAUUUUAUUUUAUUCCCUCCCCCACCUAAAAUAUGUAGCAAUGUUUUGCUCCCUUGUCACUUAUUUGUCCUUCUUUUCCUAUGCCAACUAAAAUGAAAUAUAUUAGGAUAUGUCAUUAAUUACCACACAUGAACCCCCCCAGUCUUUGCAUUGGUAUAGAUUUGUGAAUAAUACAGAUCUGGGUGUAGUACCCAUCACUUUAUAACUGUUUUUUAUCUUGUUUUGUAGAUAGCACAAACUGAUGUAUUUAUCAUUUUUAAAUUAAUUAUUUGAAUUUUGUACUGGGAAAUCAUUAGGCCUGUGUCAUUAAAACAUCUAUUUUCAUAAAAGCACAUGUUACAGAGUACAACGCACAACAUUGUUUUUUAUAAGCAAAACUCAUUUUAGGUUUAUUUCAUUUUAAAACGUGUAUCCUCUCUCAUCCUGUUUUGAAAAAAAGCAUUGUAAAACAGUCUGUGGAUUGGGAAAAAAAAAAAGUUUACUGGUAUGUACGUAGCUCGAUUGACAGCAAAUGUAUGGCACUGCUAUGUAUUUCCAGUUUUUAUCUUUAGAUGAAAAAUGUAAUCAAUAUGGCCAGUAUUUUUUUUUUUUAAUUGAAAUUUGUUGCCAAUUUAUUUAUAUUCUUUCCCUUUACAUUAUAUUUCCUGGCACAACACAUGCUACGUAUUCAAUGCAGUGUGUUAACCUACGAAGAUAAGUGUAAUUGUCUAAAAACAUUUUUUCGCCAGUCUUAUGUGACUUUGCUGAAAAUAUAAACUGUGACAAUUAAAUAAAAAAAUACUCUUGGUAAUGUGAUCUAAAUUUGUCCUAUUAGUCAUACUUGAAUUUAAACUAAGCAUUCUGUCUAGGGCUGGGGGUUUACCAUACUGGGUUUGUACAUUAAGGGGGGAUAUUUAACAAACGUGUUUGUGAGAAAUAGCUACAUUUUAACUUUUGGAAUUUUAGAAUAUUCUAAUUUUUUUUUUUUAUUCAUCAAUCCAAAACAUUAUUUAAUACUUAGAUAUAAAGAUACAGCAACCAAAAUAUGGUGAGCUUCUUUAUUGGUUAGUUGAGAUGUGUAUUUUCAACUUUCAAGCUUUUAACUUUCAUAGUAGAUUUUAAACAGCCCCAGUUUGUCCUAAUGAUUGAAACAAUGUGAUUUUGUCAACGUUUUCAUGACUUUACAUGGUUAUGUUUUUUUAAUUGAAUUUCAUUUUUUCCCAUAAAUAAAAGCUACCAAUUAAGUUUUUUUAGGUUUUCUUUUUCUUAACCUGGAAAAAAACUUAAAUAUUUAAAUUGAAUUUUAAGAAUCUACCCCACUGUAAUAAUGAAACGCAUACCUAUCUGGGCCAGUUUUUUUUUUUUUUUUAAACCCCAUAUACAAAACCCAGCAGGCAUAAGCACAAAUAAUUUUUGUGAUGCUGUCUCAUUAAACUGUGCAUAUACCAAACUGUUUGUAAUAACCUAUGGCAUAUGUAUGUAUAACCUAUGGCAUACUUUUUCUAUGCAUUUGUUUUGCAAUUACAAACAGUGUUAUGCAGCACUACAGUUCCUCCAUGUUUAUGAAAGUUUGUGACUAUAAUAGUUGUUUUAUACAUAAUGAAGGAUAACAUAUUUUUUAUCAUUUAUAAAUCUGGUCGUUUUUAAGGCUUCGUUCUCUUUGAAUCAUUGAGAAAUGACACUGCCCUGCCUCACAAAACACUUAAAAUAAAACACCUACCACCAGCGCUUUGUAAUUAUGCUGCAAAACAUUCAGAAUUUCUUAAGUUAUUUUGUUCUUGGAAAAAAAGAGAAAGCAGACUGAAUUGCUUUGUAUACCUUCUGUACAGCUGUUCAUCUUAAAUAAAGAUCAUGAUUUCAUAU